ACUCCAUCUCUAUCUGAAAUGAGAUAGGAAGAAGGAAGAAUUAGCAACUCUCUCUCUCUCUCUCUCUCUCUCUCUCUAGCUAGAUCUCAUUUUCUUUGUGAGAAGGGGAUAGGAAGAAGAAAGGAUUAGGAUUUAGGACAGUCAUGGCUUCUUCUUUCCUCACCUGUAAGGAUGAUGUGGAAGAUAAGCUCUUGCAGUUGUAUGGUGAAGAGUCCAGCAAACUAGACUUUGAUGAUGAUGAUGGUGGUGGUGGUGGUGGCGGCCGCGGUGGCGGCAGCGAUGAUGAUGAUGGGGAGGAGCAGGUCGUUGAGAACACUAAACAAGAUGACCAAUUCUGGGAAUCACAAAAGGAAUUGGUAGAGGAGUUUCUGUGUGUAAGGAGCUUGCACGAAUUGUCUUUGAAGCGACAUGUGAAGAAUGCAGUUGAUAGCGCCAAGAGGGGAUCGGGAAAAUGGUGCUCCACCUCAUGCACCAACGCUACCAACGGCGGUGGCGGCAGCGGCGGCGGCAGUGGCAGUGGCAGUGGGUGUGGGCAUUGCCUGCGGGAGAUUGUGACUAACCAUCUUGGAAGGUGCGGAUAUCGUGCAUCCAUCUGCAGAUCCGAAUGGAAGGCCAACAAGAGCAAGAGCAUUCUCAAAGGAUCCCAUGAAUACAUAGAAGUGAUAAUCGAAGCAGCAGCUUGCAGAAAGGAAAUCAGCUACAUAAUUGAAGUAGAUUUUCGGUCAGAGUUUGAGCUCGCGAAAUCCAGCAGUGGGUACCAGCAGAUAGUGAACCAACUGCCCGAGGUAUAUGUUGGCAAGCCAGACCGCCUGCGAAUGGUUCUCCGAGCCGUUUGCAAAGCCAUGAAGAGGUCACUGGCGGAGAAGAAGAUGCAUAUUGGGCCUUGGAGAAAGUUUGGUUUCAUGCAAAUGAAAUGGCUGGGGCCUAGUGUGAGGCAGGUGCCUGGUGCUUCACAUAUGGACAGAAUGAAACCAACUGGGGUGCAAAUGUUAAAUAGCCAAGACUAUGGCUCUCAAGAGCCUCUGUCUAGAAUGGUUUUCUUCACAACCCCAUUGGUUAAAGCAAUGGGCUGAGCCCUUCUGUGAGUAAUUGCACUGACAAAGCUCCAUAAGUGCCAAAGAAGAGGAUCAUGGUUCACAUGAAGAAGAUCUCGUCCAAGUUCACGAACUUGGUCGUGUUCCACAUGAUCUUUCAUCAAGGAAGCAGCAUGAAGACAUCAUGGAGUCCCAGCUUAGCGCUUCUGUUGUACAUAAACUGUAAUAUUUUUUGCAGUAGUCUUCUUUGUAAUAUUUCAUAACUUACUGCAGAAUCCAUUUCAUUUACAUCACAUUGUACAAUUAAUAAACCUUUAGUGCUAAUAUACUUCAUUACUCCCUCGAAUUUAAGAUCUGAAGCUUUCCUUCUUACGAGUAAUUUUCCAAAUACACUCCAUACAAUGCGAUUAAGACCACCCAUCAGAAUCAUACUCGCAUUCAGAACACGAAAUCGCUAACUGAAUCCGACUGUGAUUGUUAUUCAUAUUUUCAUUUGUUCAACAAAAUCCGAUCCUCUGCUGUCCGAUCCUUUUCCUAUUGAAAACUUGGACCCAGUCCUGAACCAUUGGUUUUCAAGGACAGGCUACCCAUCGGAGACAAACAAAAAGGAAACCGGCUUGUUGGGGAGGUGCGACUUUCUUCC